AUGAAGCUUUCACUCAGGCUCCUGAUUGUGACCAUCACGGUCUUGGCUUGCUUUGUCCUGACCUCUGAAGGCACCAACGGUGGACAGGGCGCCCGUGACUUCGGACCCCCGAACAUGGAGAGUUUCCCAGCUGAUUUGGCGGCUCUCGAAGAGGCGAUCGGAGUGAAGUGUGGCGAUGUGGACAUGAGUGGAGCCGGUCCGAACCUCCAAUCUCUUCCGCUCGUCUUGGGUAUGGGAGCACCCAACCUGGAUGCCGCCCUGGAGAUUGAGCUUGCCAGGCUUGACUAUGAAGACUUCAUGGCUACCGCCACCCUUACCAACACCGGUCACUCCGCUCUCGAUGUACUGCAACCUGGACUACUUCUGGACCCGCGCAACUUCAUCGGAAAGAUGCAGGUGAAGCACGAGGAUGGCCCAUACAGCAAGUGUAACCCUUCACCCUUUGGAAGCUAG